AUGGAGAAGCCGCUCCCCAACCUCCCACCGCCACCACCGGCCUCUGCGUCCACCACCCCAGCCCGCGCGCGGCGGCCGUCGCAAGAUCUCACCCUUACCAUCGAGGCACGGGCACACAUACACCGUUUCGUGACGCGCGUCGUCGAAGACGAGAGCGACAUACGGGACCGGGACGGUUGGGCAGAGCGGAUAGAGGCCUCGCUCGAUGAGCUCGGGCGCGGGCUCGCACGAGGGGGCUGGCUUGCGGGGCUCCGCCACGCGCGCGGGGUGCGGAGGAAACACCACGAGGAGGAGGAGAAACGGCGGAUAGAGGAGCAGGUGCGGAAGGAGAAGGAAGAGGAGGAGCGCGCCCGGAACAAGACCACUCGGGGUCGGCCGAGCCGGCUGAAGGAGCUCGUCGUCGAGGAGCAGGAUGAGGACGAGGAGGAACCCACGGAGGAGGAGCGCAACGCCGCGCUGGAUAAGUUGCGGGAGAUCGCCUCGAAACCCCCGCCGCCGACUCCAAGACCAGGCCUGAAGCACCUCCUGCUCUCCGUGUCGGGGCCACCGCCAUCGGAGCCUACGGAGGACAUGGGGUUCAGGCUCGUACGUGCAUCACCAAACUGUUCCUUCCGUGUCGACGAGUUUUGGCUUCCGCGGACGGUGAUUAGUGUGGAUGAUACGGAACCAGUGGUGCUGUAUGGAUUGGAUGAAUGGGAUGCGUGUCUAUUAUCUACCGACGACCCUCUUCAAAUUGUCGGCGGCACUUUCGUACUCAAAGGUGUCCCAUCCUUCUCGCAGUACAUCGCGCUCACCAGAAUUCUUCGCGUCACCGUCUAUGCAUACCUCUCCCUCCUCCUUGAGCAAGCCCUGUUCUCCAACUCAAGGGUCGAGAUGCAUUAUCCCAAACCUACCAUGCCGCACCUCCCUUCUUUCCCGACCACCGCAGAGCGGACGCCAACCUCGGACAUCCGGGAUAAGCACAAGCGCGAUUCGGGUUCAGGCCUGUGGUCAUUCCUUUCCAAGAAGACCGAGGAGAUGUUACAUAAGGCGUCCUCGCCCAUCGGUCGUCGAGGUUCGGUGGACGCGGCGCUUGGUCAACGAUUCCCGCGACAUACCUCCCUCCCUCAUGGCCCCGAGGGCGGCUUCCUUGCUCGGAGACUAUCCCUUCUGUCAUCCGUAUCCUCACAAGCGCAUCAAGACUCUUCCGAGGUUCAGAGCGUUCCACCCUACGCUAUCACCGUUCGCCGCGUCGAUUCAUGGAAGGACCUCAUGUCUACAUCACCAGGCGUCGCCUUCCCUCCACCCAGGUUCCUGCAGGCCAUCGCCAAUCAAGAAACAAAGGACCCCACUCGUCGGUUAGUUGGAGACGAGCGGGCAGCGGUGACGAGUUUGUUGGGUUGGCACGGACGAGAAUCGUCGGGCAGGGGCAUGGUCGGCGUGGAUGGCUUCGUGCGGCACCAAGGCCUCACCAUUCUCUAUUCCGAGCACGUCCCCAGCCUCGCGAAUUCCCUCCUCUCCCCUCCACCUACUCCAAGCAAGACCGACACCGACACUUCCUCCGCGGAGACGCACUUUCCUCUCCGAGUCGCCUGCGCCGCUCAUCGGCGGACCUGGUUGCACUUCCGGUACUACCGUCGCGGGAGACAUUGGGACGAGUCGAUCGGCGAGAAGAUCAUCCGAUGGUGCACGACGGCGGACGACCCCUGCAUACACCCAGACUGCCACUUCACACGGGCGGAGCACGAUAUGCGGUGGAUCCAUGCUGGAGUACGACUCAUCGCGACGCUGAGCCCACCUUUGUCCUCGGAAGCGGCAACGUCAGACGAGAAGGUGCGCAUGUGGCACACCUGCGCGGUCUGCGGAAAGGAGUCUCCGAAGCAGGUCAUGCACGAUGGCUCCUUCAUGCUCUCGUUUGCGAAGUACCUCGAGCUCCUCAUCUACUCGCCCGCCGUCCACUCCCUUGAUCCUGCCCUCUGCGAACACACGAUGCUCUCCAAGAAGCCGUGGCGCGAGACCGAUUUGCCGAUGCCGCCACAGCGUUUCAACAUCAUCAGACGGUUUUCAUACAAGGGUUACACGGUGACAUAUACGCUUUCGGAGGUCAAGGACGUCCUGGAGGUCCGCGUACCACGAUUGCAGAUCCUCAGGCGCAAAGAGAAGAAGUCGUCUGACCCUGCGGCCGAACACAAGGGUGCUGGUGCUCCUGGAGAUUCGCAUCGUGCAUUGCGUCGGGAGAUCAUGAAGUGGUGGCAGGGGAUCGCAGAGCGUAUGGACCAGCUAGAGGACAAGUUCAUAACGGAUCAUCCAAGCGCAUUCCACAAAUCCUUGCCUCGAUUACCGUCCGAAGACAUGUACGAAGAGGACACAGUAUCGACGCCUGUUGGGAACUCACACCCACUACCUCCGCCGUCGACUCCAUCGACCCCGAAGGCAACACCCGAUGGCUCUGCCUUUCCUUUCAAUACCACCACCCAUAGCUCUGUGUUAUCGUCAACAACACCUACCGCCACACCCGGAGCCGGUGCCUCGUCGGCGCUGGACGCGUGCAGCGUCACUGACACCGCGUCCACAAAGACGAACGAAGACGGAGACUCGUUGGAGCUCCUCUCGAGCUUGCGUUUCAAGUUCCAGCAAGCUGAGCAAGACCUCUACGCCGAGCUCUCGCACACAUCUGAGCGGAACUUGAACGAAGUACGCCGCUUGUUCCUCACAGCUGCGAAGGGGGCAACUCGGCGACUCGAUGCUUGGGAGAAGAAGCACUUGAACGAGCCGGUCUCUACCGACGUCCCCUUUGCACCAGAGCCGGAGUGGUGGGAGAGUGGGUGCCACGCAGUGCCUGGCGGGAGCGUUAUUGUGCGCGAGAACGACUGGGGCAGCAUCAUCGCUUUCACUCUGAGCACCAGCGACUACCAGCGAGAACUCGCGGCCAUGACGGCCGGUAGUAUCCGCAGCCCCGCUCCGUCUGGCCUUCCCUCGACCCCCGCCGCGGGUGCCCGCCCCUCGUUCUUCCGGGCCAGCGAGUCGUUCAGACGCCUCAUGUCCGGGGAGUCCGCACCGAUCCAACCGGAUCCCGACCACGAUGAUGCAGGCUGGCACGAGCCCGAAACCUACUCCGCUGUCAUCAGCCGGAAGGAGCACCCGCGCGACCCGGUGUCCCUUGCUUCUUUGCGAGACGUGCUGCGCCAGAAGGCUGGCUCCUUGGACUCCGGCUCGCCGUCGAUGCUCCUCACCCCAGCUGGACUCGCAGGCGCUCGCUUGGCCGGUACGGAGACUCCGCGGGGCUCCGUGCGCGCGAAGGCUGCCGUCGAAAUCUCGACCGCAGCUGCUGGUGGGCACGUCAGUGGCAUGCCGGAGCCCGCGGAGGCGGCGGGCAAGAUUUUGCACGAUCUCGAGGCCGUCGCGAAGGCGAACUCAUCCCGCUCGUCGCUCCCCUCGGUCGGUGCGUUCGAGGCGCACAUUCAUCGGCCGAAAGCGUCGUCGAUCCUCGGCAGUGAUGGCUCGACCGUCCAGGAGAACGUGAGCCGCUCCACCACGCCGCCUCCGCCAGUGCCGCCGAAGGAAGGCGGCGCCGAUGUGGAGAGCAGCAGCACCCAUGGCAGUACCGAGUCGCAGCCGCCGCCAACGCCCGUGAAGACGACAAGCAUGUUCUCGACCGGGUUCAGCUCGCUCUCCAGUGCCGUCGGAUACGUGCUCAAGCGCGGCGACGGCGUGCGGCCCGGCGUAGGGCCGCAGCACCACGCGCUGCUCUCCGUCGCGACAGACGCGCCAACGGUCGAUGAGCGGCCGCACAUCAAGUACGACUGGACGAUCGGGAAACGGCUCCGGUUCAGCUGCACGGUGUACUACGCACGCCAGUUCGACCAGCUCCGGCGGCGGUGCGGGGUCGAGGACGUGUUUAUGCAGAGCAUGGCGCGGAGCGAGAACUGGGCCGCAGAGGGCGGGAAGAGCAAGUCGAACUUCUGGAAGACGACGGACAACCGGUUCAUCAUCAAGACCCUCGUCAAUGCGUGGAAUGUCGCGGAUCUUCAAGUCUUGAUCGAUCUUGGACCGUCGUACUUCAAGUACAUCGAUACGACUGCCACUCGCCCGACCGUGCUCGCAAAGCUGCUUGGGUUCUAUACCGUCGAAAUCCGCAACCUCGAGACUGGCACCACGCAGUCGAAGGCGGACUUGCUCGUCAUGGAGAACUUGUUCUAUGACAAGAAGAUCUCCAAGACGUUCGACCUCAAGGGCAUCCAGGGUCGGAAGGUCAAAGCUAGCGCCGGCGUGAACACCAAGACACUCUUCGACGGCGAAUGGAUCGAAGGACAACAACGUGCUCUGACGCUCGUGCAAGCUCAUUCCAAAGUCGUCCUGCAAGAAGCCAUCAAGGCGGACUGCGAGUUCCUCGCGAAGAGCAACAUCAUGGACUACAGCCUCUUGCUCGGCAUCGACGAGGAGAACAAGGACAUAGUUUGCGGCCUUGUUGACACUAUUGGGAGUUACACCUUCGCCAAGACUCUCGAGUACAAGGCGAAGCAAGGUCUCAACUCUGGGAAGGAGGUCACCGUCGUACCUCCAAACGAGUAUCAAGACCGUUUUGUUACCUCGAUGGAUGAUUACUUCCUCGCGUGUCCAGAUAAAUGGUCGCGCCCGCUAGACAACGUGUCGAUACCCAGCGAUUAUAGGGAGCUCCCGAGUGUGCUGUGA